AUGUAUCCGAAAUCAUGUUUAUACUUAUGCCUCCUUAGAUUUCACUCUCGUAUCUUUCAGGAUUUGAAUGACGCCCCGUUGCCAGGUUUUGUUGAAGUAAAAAGUUUAAGUCCUGAUCCUAUGUCUGGAAGUACAAGACCGCGCUAUAAAGUGAUUUGCGCUGGAGAGCGUCCUAGAGAAAUCAAUGAACGGUUGCAACUCCUUUAUCCAUUCGUUGAUCAAAAGAAGACGCUGUUGCCGUUGCAUUGGAGCAAUUAUGAUAAGGCUCCUUCUUUGGUCAUAACAAAUGAUUAUCGGAACGUGGCGUAUUCUGAAGGUGCCGUAAGCACCCAAGAGUUGAACGCAAAGGAUGCAGCAGCUGUACGUUCUGAUCAUCCGAUUCCAAUUACAUGUGGUGUAUAUUACUUCGAAGUGACAAUAGUAUGUGGUGCCGACGAAUGCUGUAUGGGAAUUGGUUUGUGUGAACGGAAUGUCGAUUUAAAUAGAUUGCCGGGUUGGGACAGAGCAUCAUAUGGCUAUCAUGGUGACGAUGGGAAUUUUUUCUGUUCAUCUGGCACUGGACAUCCAUAUGGACCUACGUUUAAGAUGAAUGAUGUCAUUGGUUGUGGAAUAGACCUUGUUAGAAAAUCAAUAUUUUUCACUAAAAAUGGCCGUAAUUUGGCGGAGCAUUUAAAUUCAGGUGUUGCUAUAAAGGAUGUUCCUAACGUUGUCGAUCUUUAUCCAAUGGUUGGUCUUCAAAAACAUGGUGCGAUUGCUGACUCAAACUUUGGACAGUUACCUUUCAUGUAUGAUAUCGAUCGGGUUUUUCAGGAUGCACGUAGGUUUACAUAUGAACAAAUUUCUCAGACUGUGUUGCCGCAAGCAAAGACAAGUUGGAUGGACCGUGCAAUUUCAUCAUGGCUAUUACAUGAAGGAUAUGGAAGAGCGUUAUCUGCUUUUAAUAAACAUGCUGAUCGUGAACUUGUACCUCGUGAUGUAGAUAUGGAGAGAGUUCAGGAAGAAUCAAAAGACACGUUAGAGAAACGUCGAGGUCUUUAUUUUGCACUCUUUAUCUGUUUUAAUUUAGUACUCCUUUACAGAUUUAAGUCGAUUAGGCUUAAAAUCUACUACCUUUGGUCAGUUUUUUAACU